ACUACAUCGCACCACUGCGGUAGCAGCGGGAACGCAGCAGCAGAGGAGUACCCGGCAGGCUCACUUCACUUGUUUCCUGCACGACACCAAAAAAAAUCAUCCAGGUGGCGAGUGUGUGUCUCUCUGCCCACUUCAUCGCAGAGGAGGACUUUACCUGACAGGACACAGCAACAGCUCCCAGGGCGAUUCUUUCCUGCAGCCCAGCGAGAGCGAAGCCCGGAGAACUUUUGGCUAUUGCCGAGUGAUUUUUUUUUAUUUAUUUUUUUAACCACAUCUCCAUAACCUUGGAAGUCAGACCUGAUUAUUGUGAGAGGAUGGGACCGCUGCUCCUUUCCAUCGCGCUGUGUCUAAGCGCCGCUGUCCCACAGCAUGCGAAAGCAGCAGAUGGUGAGGAACCAACUUCAGCAGGCCCUUGCCAUCCAAACCCUUGCCACAACAGAGGAACAUGUGAGAUCAGUGAGACCUACAGGGGCGAUACCUUCAUUGGAUAUGUGUGCAAGUGUCCACCGGGCUUUAGUGGAGUUCACUGCCAACACAAUAUUAACGAAUGUGAAAGGGACCCGUGUAAGAACGGGGGCAUCUGCACGGAUCUGGUGGCCAACUAUUCCUGCGAUUGCCCAGGAGAGUACAUGGGCAGGAACUGUCAAUACAAAUGCUCUGGACCACUGGGCAUGGAGGGUGGUAUAAUCUCCAACCAACAGAUAACAGCCUCCUCCACCCACCGCGCUCUGUUCGGCCUACAGAAGUGGUACCCGUACUUCGCACGCCUCAACAAGAAGGGCCUGGUCAAUGCUUGGACCGCUGCCGAAAAUGACAGAUGGCCGUGGAUCCAGAUAAACCUGCAGAGGAGAAUGAGGGUCACGGGCCUAAUUACCCAGGGUGCAAAGCGUAUCGGCAGCCCAGAGUACGUCAAGUCUUACAAAGUGGCCUACAGUGAUGACGGGAAGACCUGGAGAACAUACAAAGUCAAGGGCAAAGAUGAGGAUAUGAUUUUCAGAGGAAACGUCGAUAACAACGCUCCGUCGGCCAACUCCUUCACCCCUCCCAUCGAAGCCCAGUUCGUGCGCAUUUACCCCCAAGUCUGCAGGAGGCACUGCACCUUGCGCAUGGAGCUGCUCGGCUGUGAGCUGACGGGCUGCUCUGAACCACUGGGGAUGAAAUCAGGCCAUAUCCAGGACUAUCAGGUCAUGGCCUCGAGCAUCUUCAGGACACUCAACAUGGACAUGUUCACCUGGGAGCCCGGGAAGGCCCGUUUGGACAAACAAGGCAAGGUCAAUGCUUGGACAGCUGGACAUAGUGACCAGUCACAGUGGCUACAGGUGGAUUUGCUCGUGCCAACCAAGGUUACGGGGAUCAUCACCCAGGGCGCUAAAGACUUUGGUCAUGUCCAGUUUGUUGGUUCAUACAAACUGGCCUACAGUAACGAUGGAGAGCGGUGGAGUGUAUAUCAAGAUGAGAAACAGGGGAAGGAUAAGGUGUUCCAGGGGAACUUUGACAACGACACGCACAGAAAGAACGUGAUAGACCCGCCCAUCUACGCUCGGCUCGUCCGGAUCCUCCCCUGGUCAUGGUACGGCAGGAUCACUUUGCGCGUAGAAAUACUGGGAUGCACAGAGGAAGAGUGAAGUCCUUUACCUCCAUCUUUCUCGCCAUCAUCCCCCCCGUCCCUUGGCAUACUGGAGUAUCUCACGCAGUGCUUCAGAAACAAACUGUGCAACCUGUAAAAAGAAAUCAAUUUCCAAUGGAUUUUUCAAGAAUAAGUGUUUGGUUGUGGUGGGUUGCUGUUUGUUCUUUUGUACAAUGAUUUAAAAACCUGCCCCCCCCUCUCCCCUUUCCUUCCCCGUUCCACUUUUGUCUUUUCGUUUCCUAUUUAAAGCGUGAUCUUUGUCUUUUUAUUCUUCUCAAGAUUUGCCAUCCUGUUUGGAAUGAACUUCUAUAAUAUAUAUAUCGGAGGGGGUGGGAUUGGGGAGCGGAGUCAGAAAGGGGGUCUCACUGUGGUUUUACCUUGUUGCCAUGGAAGCUAUUGUACAGUGUCACUUUUUAACAAAGAUGUGAAAUCUGUCUGUCGUGCUUCAUUGGACAUGAUUAACCAACUUCAUCCCAUGACUAAACUGUCGAAAAUACCACGUAGAGAUGACAUUUUAUCACAUUAUCAAAUAUAUUUUUACUUUGAUUACUGCACCUCCUCAAGCCAUGCUUUUACUCUAAUGGACACUGGCAUUACUCCAUCAAAUCGAAACACUAUUAAUGCUCUUGUAUUAUAUGUAAAAGACUUAAGAAAUUGCAUGGUGCGUGAAUUAUAAAUGUAUAUUAUGACAAAUCAUUUAAAAUCUCCAGCCCUGAGAGCAAAUGGCUUUGAUUUAGGGACCUAUUUUUAUGUGCAUUUUUAAAUAGUUCUGAAACAUUACAACCCACUGCAAAAGCUUAUUAAAGAUGACUGAUAUGUGAGACAAUAAACAAGCACUGCAGUUGGAAGUGGUACUGCAGCACUGACACUGAGGCUUAUAGGCUCUAUCUAGUCCAAAUGUUUUAAAGCUCUCAUAAGGAGUUUCCUUUUUUUUUUAUUUUUAUGAUUAUUAUUAUUAUUUGUAACUAUUUGAUUAUCGCUAGACUUUUUCUAAGAUAUUUGGUAAUAUUGUUUGUGCUUGUUCUUUUUUUUGUAUUUAUUUAGAUUUUUUUAUUUUUUUGUCUCAGCUGUCAGACUCAUACAAUCUGUGUUUAAUGUCCUCGUGUUGUCUUGGAGAUCUCAGUUGAAUCAAUUAAAAAGCUCAGGAUAGAUGUCAGUCAUAAUAACCCACAAUGUGUAAUUUUAGGCCACCUAUAAAGAUUUUCUGUGUAAUAUUAUUAUUUAAAGAAAACAUCAGACGAGUGAAAGCAAUUAUUUAAAUCAUACAGUAUACAUUAUUCAAUUGCUGAAAGCGAUUUGAUGUAAUAAUUGAUAAACUUUAAGUAAUUUCUGUGGUUGCAGAAAAGAGCAAAUGUCCAAUAUUACUAAUAUAUAUAUAAUAUAUAUAUAUAUAAAUAUGUCAAACCUACAGUGAUGAUGAGCCAUGGUAACGGUACACAACUCUGGAUUAAAUAUGGGAAGUGUUUUCAUUUCAGGGUAAUCAGUCGUUAUUGUCAUACUGGAUUCAAAAUGUCUACUAAUGAAAUGUUAAAUGGCGUGUAGGUAUUUCCACAUGACGUGACAGCAGCUCUCUGCGUGUUGAAAUGAUGUUAUAAGAAACCUUGAGGUUACGGGGGAUAAAGAUGCUGUAAUGCCAAUCAGAGCCAAACGUCGUGUUCAUGCAGUUUUCACUGUAAUGUCGCUGCUGUUGGUUGCGCUAAAUGAACAGUGAUGCUCGACUGGUUAAAUAAAUGAAAGUAAACAAGGUCUGAGGUAUCGUAGCAGUGUUGAAACUUAUAGGCCAUUCCGCACGACUUAAAAAUAGGCCUGGAUUACUCUAGUGGUUUCCACUCUUGACUAGUUAUCCCAAAGCUCUUGAGUGCUAUAAUAAGACCUGAAAGGAGCCACGUUUUAUGCUUCACAUUUCACUUAAGACUUGUCAGCUUACAGUCCCUUAACAAACCAAUCAUUUCAUGGUUUUUUUUGGAAUACAAUUUAUUUGUCGUGAGAUUGCAGCACAGCCUGAAAGAGCAGGACAUUAACGGGAAAACAGUUUUAUUUAAAGCAUCAGCCUUUCUCACUAGUCUUGAUUGCCUGACAGGAUUGGACAUACAAGGGUGCCACUAUUAUUUUCAUCUCGUUUUAUAUUUAAUGAAUAAACAAAAAA